AUGGCCCUCAAUGCUGAAAAUUUUAAUAGAACAAGAAGAAAUAACUCUUCUAAUCAUCGUAUUUUGCCUUUCAGUAUUCUAAAUUCCCCCUUGGCUCAACCAGGCUCCAAUUCUAGUCCAUCUAGUUCAUCGCCAAUAAACAAUGCACUACCUCAAUCUCCAAUGAACAAUCACAAUUUGUUCUUGCAACCACUUCAUGGCUCAGAUAUUUUGGACAGAACUUCUUCAAACUACAAAAAAUUCUCUUACAAAACAAAAACAUCAUUAAAUUUUGCUUCUUAUACCGAAAUACAGGCUCUUUCCUCUUCAAAUGAUCCUGCUCACCCAAACAGAGUGGUAAUUGCUGGGAAAAGUUUAAUUCAAGUUCUAGAUAUCGACAACGAAAAUUCCACAAUCACAAUUGUAAAAGAUGUUUUAAAAGGUUCUUUUCUACAAAAGAACGUUACUCAAUUGGGCUCCAUCUUUGACAUAAGAUUUGGUUAUCACUCAAAUAAAAAUUUGAUUGCUGUUGCUUCGAUAACAGGUUCGGUUUAUGUAUUUGAUAAUUCGGAUGCAUCUUCAUCAACAUAUAAUAAAAUCGUCAAUAAUCUUAAAGCACACAAUCGUCCUGUCAAUUCCAUUGCCUUUUCUCCUCAUGAUUCUAAUCUAUUGAUGUCUGGAUCCAGAGAUGGUGUUAUAAAAAUUUGGGAUCUUCGUUCUGAAGAGCCCGUAAAAAGCUUAUCUGCAAAUGCUGAUGUAGUAAGGUGUAAUGAAUAUUCUCCUCAUGAUCCAUAUAGUAUUGUUGCUACCUAUGAUUCUGGAAGCAUAGUAAAAUGGGAUUUGAGAAACAAUAAACAAGAAAAAAGAUUUAAUGGCCACAAUAAAGGAGGUCUCACUCUUGAAUGGAAUAAUAAAUUCAAUUAUAUUGUUUCUGGAGGUAGUGAUCAACAAAUUCAAGUGUGGAAUAUGAGCUCCAAGAAUAUUCAAGAUCGUUCCCAGCCAGAUUUCACAAUAAAUACAUCAAGUCAGAUAGCCAAGGUUUCGUGGUCUCCUUUCACAGAAAACUGUUCCUCUGUUAUCGACUGUCAGGUUGCAUCUUGCUACUUAGGCAACAAUUCUUUUGUGAAUGUAUGGGAUCUCAAAAGGAACUUUAUACCUAGAUUUGUAUUGGCUGAACAUUCGCAGCCAGCUACUGGUUUGUGUUGGAAAGAUCAAAAUCACAUAUGGACCUGUUCAAAAGAUAAAUUAUUUAUACAGCAUGAUUUGAGAAGUGAGAGAUGUACAAUAGAAGAUUUACCUAAAACUUCUGUCAAAUUUAAUUGGUCCAGAUUUAAUGAGGUUUGUUUUAUUUCUCAAAAUGAUGAUUGUUUUACUUUAAAUAAAAACAGAAAUGAGAAUCUAUCCUAUGAUAAGGGCCAUUCGGUUUAUCAGUCUUCAAGACAUUUUAAAGAAAAUUUUAAUGAUUAUUUUAUAUCCUCUAAAGAAACAAAUCAAAAAUAUAAUCAUCUACUAAAUUCUACGCCUGAUUUAAGAAAUUCAGAAGAUCUCAUAGAUGAUUCAUAUAACAAUAUAAAUCAUAUAUUGAGUGAUUGUUCUAACCAUAUAAGUGAAAUUCAUGCUCAAAAUCAUGGAAAUCGUGUUUUUUUUCCAAAAUUUUCUUCCUUUUUGUUUAAAUUGAAGCCCAGAAACCUGUUUGAUCAAGAAAAUCUGACAAAUGAAAAUAUUCAAUCACAGGGAACGCACAGAGAUUCUCAUGGUUCAAGUAAUUUGGACUCAAACAACUCAAACUCUAGUUCUGUUGUAGGGUCACUUCCGGUUCCUCAACUUCAACGACAUAUCAGCUUUUCCAAUCAUCAAAUUAAUCAGCAUGGUGUUAGUUUUGGAAGUUCCAACCAAUUUUCUAAAUCUGAUCAAUCUAAAAAAUCUUUUUUGAGUGGAAACUCUCCUCAUAGUCCCAUUUUAAACAAAAAAAAUGAAAAUUUACUAACUAAUCAUCUGCAGGGAAAUCCCAUGGCUACCUACAAUGAUAUCUAUGAUUUCAAUAAAAACAGCAAUAGUAGUGAUAGUUUGUUUGCAUCAGCUGCACUGAAAAUAGAAAGAUCACACUCUCAAUCUCCCAAAAACUCAGCUUUUAAUGACAUACCAAGACCUAUAAUUCAGAGGUCACAAACCACUCAUCAAUUUAUUAGUGGAUUAAAAGAAAAUAAACCUUUGCAAAAUACCCAUUACAGAAACACGUCUAACCAUCAAUUUGGCCAAGAAGUGGAAAAUCUAGUAAAUGACAAUAAAAAUCAUUCUAACAUCAAGAAUUCAGCUCGAAAUCCUAUAAAUGUUAACGAGCAGCCUCAGAAUAUAUCAAAAACUACAAUUAAUAUCGAGAAUUCUGGAAAAGAAAUAAGUUUUCAAAAUCUUACAAAUUCUCCAUUUAAAAAUAUAACUAAUAAUCUAUUAAAAUCUUCUUUGGAUGUUUCAUUUCCAUUAUCAAGUCUUGUCCAUACAUCAUCUAACAGUUCAGGCCAGUUGAGAUCAUCUGUUCAACCCAAUCUCAAUGUGCCUAGUCUUAGUCGAACAUCUUCAAACUUGAAACCAUCUAAAAAUUAUUCCAGCUCCAAUUCUUUUCUUGACUCAAUUGCCAGGAAUCCUGAAUUCAGUUUUAAAAACACGCCAAUACCUUUGAUUUAUUUAUGUAACCCAAUAAAAAUUGAAAGAGAUUUCGAUUUAAUUUUUCAACGUUGUUCUUACAGCUAUUUUAGGUACUUGGGAGAAGGAGUUGAGUGGUAUUAUUAUCGCUUAAUGGAGUUUUUGGAUGGUGAAGAAUUGCAGAUACCUAGAAUUUUUGAAAAUGGUGAAAAUCUUUUUUCUGUUUUGGAAAUGCUUGAUAAUAAAGAUAAAAAACCACCAAUAAGAGAAAGCAAAUCUAUUUUGAAUAAAUUAAAAAUUGAAGAGAUUCGGAAAAUUGUAGAUGAAGUUUUUUUUGGAUACGAAUCAAUGUCUCUAAGUGACAAACUUAAUUUUUCAGAUGAUUUUGAAAAUGCACAAAUAGUUUGCUUAAUCAAGUUUUUAAUUUUGAUAAAAGAUAUUGACACUGUGAAAAUAUUGAUAAUAAUUAUUGAUAAUAUAAGAGUUGCAACAGAAAUUCAAUAUUUCAGGCAUUUUAAAUUGUGGAAAAUGAUAUUGACAGUAAUCUUGAUAAAACAAGAAAAUCGGAAAAAAGAUUUUAUGAGUGGGAAUUUAUCUCAAGAUCAGAUAAAUAUGAAAUUUCAAAGAAAGGGAUCAGAUAAUAAUUCAGAUAUUUUUAGUAAUUUUGACACUGAUGAGUUAAGUAAAGAGCAAAGUAAAAGCGAUAAUACUGAAAAUUUUACCGGUUCAAAUCGUUUCUAUGCUUCUUCAGUUGAAUCGUCUACUCUCUCAAUGUUGCAAUUAGUACCGAAAAUUCAGGUGGAUGGUUCUUCCAAUAAAAAUGAACAAAAUGGAAAAAGUGAUAGUAAUUCCAGUAUAAAUAAACGUAUAAAAAAAAAAUCAUUAAGUGAUACUGACGACAAUAAAGAAAUUUUACAUGCAAUCAACCAGCUGCGGCAAAAAUCAGGAACUAGUUAUAAAGAUAAUGAAAGUGCGAUUUUAGAUGACAGUGAUGAAUCUGAUGAGGAAUUGGUAAACCCUAAGUCAUUUCCUUCAAUUUAUAAUUCCAAUUCCAACAAAGUAAAGAGCAAUUUUCUUAUCAAAAAUCCAAAGUCUUUAGAAAGUUCAACAUCUAGUCUUGGGAUGCUAGAUUCAUCAAGUGAAGUGAAGAGUACUGUGAAUGUUUCCGAUCAUAAUAACAAGCAAAAUGUUAAUCAUGAAGAUGUAGAGUUUAACAUUUCACAUUCCUUUAGAUCUUCAAUUUCGCCAUUAUCAUUUUCUGUUGGAAGAAGUAUUCCAAAGGAUUCGCCGUUAGGUGGAUUAAUUCGAUCAAAGAGCUCUAGGCUUUCUAAUUUUAAUUAUCCAUUGGAUAAAUUUAAAAGAGAUAAUGCAACUGAGAGACUACCUGGAACUCUUAGUUUAAAGAGCAAUUUAACAAAGCAAAUAAAAUACAAUUCAUCAUCAGGAGAACAUGGCAAUGUUUAUGCCAGCACAGUUAGUAGUUUUAGAGAUGAGAGACAUAAUCAAAAUGCAAAAAGUAUAUUGGAAGUUUCUCAAGAGCGAUUGGAUAAGGAAAAUCUAGUCAAGAGAAUCAACAUGAAUCAUUCUAACGGAUUUCCAUGGAAUCCAGAGCGAAUUAUCACAAGGGUUAGCAGUUAUGCAACUGAAGAAGGAGAUAUAUUAAUGUGUGUAUCGUUAUUAUUAUUAUUUCGUAAUUUAUUUACAAAAUAUCAAGCAUUAGAAUGGGUUCAUGGUUUUAUUGAAAUUUUAACAAGAAAAAGACUAUUUUCAAUUUCUUCAUUAAUUUUGAAAUAUUGUGGAUUGCCAGAAAUACUGAAUGAAGGAUUAAAAAACACGCAUAUUAAUUCAUUUUGCUUUAAUUGCAAAAACAUUAUUACAAAUGACAAAGUGAAAUUGAGUGAAAAUAAUGAAAAAGAAGUUAGAAGUAGAUAUUGGAUAUGUGAAAAUUGUAAAACGUUUACGAGUAAAUGCUGUUACUGUGAUAUUCCUAUUAAAGGAUUAAGUUUAAAUUUACUCACUUGUGGACAUCAUAUUCAUGCUGAAUGCUUUAAAGAAUGGUUUGAUGAUGGUGAUGAAAGAGAGUGUCCAUGUGGAUGCGGUGAAGUUAUAUUCGAAUAG